CUCGGAGGAAGUUUGUCCUUUCACCGCAGAGCCGGGCUCGCGUCGCAGCCACCUCCAGGAGCGAGCGGCGGGCGCCGACGGCAGCUGGGAGCGCCGCCCCGGGAGCACCGCCCGCACCGCCCGCACCGCCGCCAUGGGCGGCGCGGCCUCCAGCCUGCUGGACGAGGGCAAGUGCACCUACAUCCGAGGGAAAACUGAGGCUACUAUCAAAAACUUCAGUCCCUACUACAGUCGCCAGUACGCCGUGGCUUUCUGCAAUCAUGUACGCAGUGAAGUAGAACAGCAAAGAGAUUUAACAUCACAGUUUUUGAAGACCAAGCCGCCAUUGGAGCCUGGAAUUGUUCUGUAUGAAGCAGAGCUAUCACAGUUUGCUGACGACAUAAAGAAAUGGAAGGAGCGGUACAUUGUGGUCAAAAAUGAUUUUGCUGUGGAGAGCUAUGAGAACAAAGAGGCCUAUCAGAGAGGAGCGACUCCUAAAAGCCGAAUUCUUCCAGCUGGUGGCAAGGUGUUAACCUCAGAAGAUGAAUAUAAUUUGUUAUCUGAUCGGUUUUUCCCAGACCCUAUUGCCUCCAGUGAGAAGGAGAACGCUCAGCCCUUCGUGGUCUUGCCCAAGGAAUUCCCCGUGUACCUGUGGCAGCCGUUCCUCAGACACGGCUACUUCUGCUUCCACGACGCCGUGGACCAGAAGAAGUUCGGCGCUCUCCUGAGUGACUGCAUCAGACAUCUAAAUCACGAUUACAUGAAGCAGACGACGUUCGAAGCCCAAGCGUUUCUAGAAGCUGUACAGUUCUUCCGGCAGGAGAAGGGACACUAUGGCUCGUGGGAAAUGAUCACAGGGGAUGAAGUCCAGAUCCUGAGUAACUUGGUGAUGGAGGACCUCCUGCCAACCCUUCAGACAGACCUUCUGCCCAAAAUGAAGGGGAAGAAGAACGACAGAAAGAGGGCCUGGCUCGGUCUCCUUGAGGAGGCCUACAACCUGGUUCGGCAUCAAGUUUCAGAAGGAUUAAGUGCCUUAAAGGAGGAGUGCCGCUCUCUGACGAAGGGCCUGGAGGGAACCAUCCGUUCGGACAUGGAUCAGAUCGUGAACUCAAAGAACUUUUUGAUUGGAAAGAUCAAAGCCAUGGUGGCCCAGCCCGCAGAAAAAAGCUGUGCGGAAAGUGUGCAACCAUUCUUGGCGUCCAUUCUGGAGGAGCUCAUGGGGCCGGUGAGCUCAGGAUUCAGUGAAGUACGCUCACUCUUUGAAAAAGAAGUGGAUGAACUUAACCAGAACUUUCAGACCACCAAAGACAAUGCCCAGCUUAAGGAGCAUCUAGACCGGCUCAUGAAUCUUCCACUGGAUUCCAUGAAGAUGGAACCUUGUUACAGUAAAGUCAACCUGCUUCAGGAGCGUUUGCAGGAUCUCAAGAGCCGCUUCCGAUUCCCCCACGUGGAUCUGGUGGUCCAGAGGACACAGAACGACAUGCAGGAGCUAAUGGAGAAUGCAGUAUUCACUUUCGAGCAGUUGCUUUCCCCACACCUCCAAGGAGAGGCCUCCAAAACUGCAGUCGCCAUCGAGAAGGUUAAGCUCCGAGUCUUAAAGCAAUAUGAUUAUGAUAGCAGCACCAUCCGGAAGAGGAUAUUUCAAGAGGCACUGGUUCAAAUCACACUUCCCACCGUGCAGAAGGCAUUGGCAUCCACGUGCAAACCCGAGCUCCAGAAAUAUGAGCAGUUCAUUUUUGCAGAUCACACCAAUAUGAUUCAUGUGGAAAAUGUCUACGAGGAGAUUUUACAUCAGAGCCUCCUUGAUGAAACUCUGAAAGUGAUAAAGGAAGCCGCUCUCCUGAAGAAACACAACUUAUUUGAAGACAACAUGGCCUUGCCCAGUGAAAGUGUGUCCAGCUUAACUGAUCUAAAAACCCCUGCAGGGUCAAACCAGGCCAGCCCUGCCAGGAGGGCCUCGGCCAUUCUGCCAGGAGUUUCAGAGAGCGAGGCUCUGAGUAACGAAGUAUUCCAGGAGUCAGGGGAAAAGAAGCAGCCUGGGGUCCCUAGUCUGUUGGCCAAAGGAGAAAGCCCGUCUUCCCCUGCCCCUACCCGUCCCCCAGACGGGACCGGAGAGGUGAUUCCUUCAGGCAUGGAUGGCCCAGUUGUGGGUCUCGUGACGGCAGAGAACACGGCAGGAGCCCUGGGCACACCCUCGUCAGAGCUGGAGUUUGGAGGGGCUCCUGAGGACGGAGAACCCAGCCACGAAAAGCCAGAAGCCAGCUCUGCCUCGGGCUCCUUACUGGAGCUCAGAAAUUUGUUGACGGUGACCAUUGAAGUGCCCAUGGAAUCGGCCACCCUCGAGAUUGAGAAAGAUUCAAAUGAAGAGACCCUUGGUCCCCAAGAAAUUGAAAAAUUAGAGGAAACAACCCAAAUCGACACAGAGGCCGAUCAAGAAGCGGCCUCCAGUCAAGACAGCUGUGAAGGCAGUGAAAUCAGUGAGAGGGAGGCCCAUUUUUCCCCGCCGGAGGUGCAGGCGGAGGCUGGCAGGGUGGAGUUGGGGGUAUUGCUGGGGGAUCAGCAGGCCUGUGAAGGGCUCACCCAGGGUGCCAGCAGCCCUGGCCCCCUAGAGCAGCAAGCAGAGGCUGGGGAGCCCACUAAGAGGGAGCUCACAGGGGGGGUUUCCAGACUGGAUGCCCAGGAAGGAGGAGGGGCUGCAGCCAUGGUGGAGGGUGAGGCCAGGCCACAAGAAGAUUGCAUUUCCAGUGCUCACCACACCUGCCCCAGUGAGAGCCAGGGUUCUGUGGAAGAAGGCCUGGGAGGGACCAGCAGCAUGGCCCAGGCCACUGCUAGCAUGGAUACAGAGGAGAUUAAGGCAGCUGGUGUCCAUGAGUGCCAGUGGGUAGUGGAGAAUGCUCCAGACUUCGAUCUGCUAGGUUCACAAGAUGUGGGGGAGAGUACCCCAGGGCAGCCCUCAGAAGAGUGAAAGGGACAAUUGGGCAUAAGUAUUUCUUUGCACAAACUCAGCCAAAGGUUAAUAGUUAUGGGUAUGCUUAGGGGUUGCACACAAGUUGUUACCAAAAAAAAAAAAAAAAAAAAUUAAGUACUUCCUUAAUGUGUGUAAUGAAACCAGAGGAAAUUCACACAGGGCAUGCUCACUGAGGCAGACCUUUGUGGAAUUGAACUGUUCUACCGUGAAUUACUGCUUUAGCAUUUUAAUAGGAAGUGUUUGGGGUGAGAGGCAGCUGAGGAUGUUGAAGGGAGGCGGUGGUGUUCCAGCGAAGAUGAAGAAAACAGUAGGGGCCCAGUUUCCAAUACACUGUGUGUUUUCCUCUCAUGUACUUCAAGGCUCUUUACUUUUUGGUAAGAAUGCAAAUGUAUACUGUAAAUCCAGCUUCACCAUCCACUAGAGCAACUUCAUUGUCUCUGAAGGACUCAGCAUUCCUCCACAGUAGGACUGCAGGGAAGGGUCGGUGGGGAACACUGGUCACCCUGCUGUGGGCAGCCCUGCAGCCCCUGAAAGAGCCCAGGGGAAGCUGAGCACAAAUGGAGGAAGGUUGUGGUCUGUGGGGCUGUCUGAGCCUGUUACUAAUUAUGCUAUCAAUUUCUUGUUAAUUAAUCAUGUUUAUUCUUAUUAAUUAAUCACCUUUUGGGGACAUUCAGAUGAGGCAAGAAAAUUUCCUUGGCACGUUUAAGCCUGAAAGCAUUCCAAAUUAGCCUUAGGCUGUGCAGAGGGGCCUUAGCUAAUUGUCGAGCAGAAAAGACUACAGGUUAAACAAGCAUUAUUGGAAUAGCUGCUCUAUGCCACGUGCUGUGCUAGGUAGAGUAACAACAGCAACAAAACAAAAAAGAAGAAGAAAAGAUAAGGUGCUUUGUCUGACAUAAAUUAAAAGAUCCAUGGGAAUUUAAAGGAAGAAAUAUGCCAAUUUUCAAACCAUGACAACUUUCUGUCUAUCCAUUGAAACAGUCCUGGUUCAUUUCCAGAAGGGGAAUAAAGUGAAUAAAUGGGAAAGAAAAGAAAGGAAAUGAAAAGCCAAGAUGUACAUCAUCAAGUUCCAGUCAAGUUCCAAAGAUGUCACCAAAAGUGGAAAUCAUUUGUUUGGUCAUUCAGCAAGUUAACUGAGUCCCUAUGAUGUCCCAGAUGCUAGAGAUACUAUAGUGAAAAAGACUCUGUUCCUCUCUCCUGGAACUUACGCUUUAUGGAAAUAGACACAGAUACGUCUUCUCAAUGGACCGUGACCUAGAAAUGUUGAUGUUAAAGGACUUACUUGCCGCAGAUUAAAAAGCUGUGUUCUAUUAUCCUUCCAGAAAAUACCAUAUCGUUUCCUAAAAGUUUCAGUCCCAGGUAGUACCUCUUGACAUUUCCUUCCACAAAUUUUAAUAUUAGAUCCCAACAUACUGUCCUAAAAUCUUGUUUUGAUCGUCAUCAGCAAGUUUAUAUCAGUUGUUUAGAGAAUUUGUCCCACAGUUUAACUCUUUCAGCAGGAAUUAAAAUCUUUCUCUGUCCAACUCCCCAUGAAGAAUUUCUAGGUGAUAAAGAAUGAAUACUAAGCAGUAUCACUAUAGUCUCAUAUUCAAUCAUUUUAAUUUCUCUUAGAGUGUUUAGAUCUUUACAUCUAUGAAGGGUCUCCUUAGAAGAACGUAGAGGCUACUCCUUGCCGGUCAUUGCAGUACCCGGUGCUCACUCAUAUCCUUGCAUUAAGCACAGAGUAUUGAAAUGGUGUUUAUUUCCCAUCUCUUCUGGGGCCUCUUUCUUCAAGAACAGAAACGGGGGUUUAUUAAUCAUGUGUGCUUCCUGUUAGAGAUACACAGCCUGGAAUAAUGGCUCUCUGCCUUCUCAAGUCACUUUCGUAUCCCUAGUGCCUUGCACAAAAACUGGCAGGUGUCGAGCAGCUCAAGACCUGUGAGACCUGAAUACCCGCCACGCUGCUGUGCUGGGGCUAUUUGGGGCUUGCUGUCAGGCAGGGAGACGUUUUUAAUUGGGCUUUCUGCCCUUGGGGAGGCUUCCCUUAGGUCAAGUCCAAAGUCCAAGAGGCAGACAGCAGAUGGUCAGAUGCACUGCCCAGUAAGGCAAGGAGCCCAAGGAGUAGUGCCCAGACCCACCAAGGAUGCCCUUCUCUGCAGGAGAAUGUCAGCGAGCAAGGAGGUCCCAGCCCUGCUCGAACCCAUGCUGGAGCUUCCCAGCUUCCUUCCUUUGCUCACCUCAGGGCUUCUUGGACCCCUUGGAAAAUUAAGAAAUUUUUCCAACCCUAAAAGAAAGUACAUCUGCAUUGGAUGGAUGACUAUCAGUGCCCUCCCUUUACCCAUCUUGUAGGCCAGAGGGUACUGGGCACUACAUGGUAGGACAUACUUGAGAACACAAAGAAUUUUUCUGUACAUAUUUCACAAAAGACAAGUUCACUAGACUAAGCGGGAUGAUUGUUCCAUUUGAAGAUGGAACAGGAAACUAAAGUUCAUUAAAGAUAUUCCUUAUUCAUUUUAACAUGUUGAAUGGAGUAACUUCAUAUUACUAUGAGCUUGUCUUGUUUUUAAUAGACUUGUCUGUGUUGCUUCAGUGGUUUCCAGGUUAGAACAAGGUUAUUGUAAUUUAAAUGAGCAGCAUGCAAAGCUUCUGCAGGCUGCUCUGGGGAAUCUCUCCUCCAGGCAAAUCCAUUAGAAAUGCAUAAAACCUCAGGACGUGGUUUUUGGGAAAAAUUCCAUGACUUUAAACGAGUUAUGUUACUAUUGACCUUUCACAAAGAGAAUAUUUGCCUUGAAAAAAAUUAGCUUGUCAUUUUUUUUCCCUUUGCAGCUUAGAGUGGAGACAGUGGUACCUUGAAUCAUGCAGAGAAAACUCUGUUUUCAAAAAAAAAAGUCUUUUGGAAACCACAAGGAUAAGAUUCCAAUCUGUCCAAAAGCUUUUAUAAAGAGGCUGUGUGAAGAACUUCAGGUCUCUGGGCCUGAUCUUCUACAUUUUAUUGCAAAGAUUCUCGAGUCUGGUCUUGUAACCCUCCAGACUGGAGUCCAUGAUUUCCAAGGGUUUCACAGUUCUGCCAGAUGAGUGAUUUUCACUCUUUAUCAAAAGUGCUAAAUGCUAUAUGCUCCAUAGCAAUUUUAAUCUGGGGAAGGGAAGGACAUCACUGACUAAAUCAGUACAGGUUCACUAGGUAAAAAAGUUGGCUACAUGUGUCUUCAUACUUUAAGUAAGCGGGUUUGGGGACUUGCCUUCUGAAGUCUGGAACUUUAAGAAAAAAAUCUACACGGUGGAUGGGUUUUUCUGGCCACUAUAUAAAGCAGAUAGACUUAAAGCACUUUGUAACCACAUAUUUACUCUCCCAAGUGCCUAUAUUCCAAUAAAAUGUUCAUCCUUGAA